CAGGCUUUUGCCUACAAAACAACGCACCACGCCGCCGCCGCUCGCCGCCCACUUCUCUCCCACCUUCCCUCCACUCUUUUGCCUGUCGCGGGGUUAGAAUCCCAUGGCGCUGUCGUCCGAGAUCCGCUUCGGCCACCAGAUCCCCCUAUCCCACUGCGACACUGACUCCUACGAGGAGGAGGAAGAGGAGGAAGGAGAGGAAGAGGAAGACGAGGAGGAGGAGUUCGAGGGGGAGGAGGAGGAGGAGGAGAUGGAUGAGGUGACGGUUUCGUCUCCGCUGAUGCUUCCGGCAACGGAGGCCAGGGGAGGGGUGUCCGUGGUCGAGAUGGUGACGGGGGCGCUCCGGAGGUCGCUCAUGCUGUGCAGCAGCAGCGCCGGCGCCGGCGUGCGCGAGCCGGAGCAGGAGGAGGACGGGGCGACUCCCCCGGGUGGUAUGCAGAUAGGGGGACCAACGGAUGUGCGGCACGUCUCGCACGUCACCUUCGACCGCUUCGUUGGCUUCCUCGGCCUCCCCGCUGACCUCGAGCCCGACGUGCCUCGCCCCGUGCCGAGCGCCAGUGUGAGCGUAUUUGGAGUUUCACCAACUUCCAUGCAGUGCUCGUAUGAUAGAAGAGGAAACAGUGUGCCAACUAUACUCUUGACUAUGCAAAAGAAGUUAUAUUCACUUGGGGGUCUUCAGGCUGAAGGGAUAUUCAGGAUAAAUGCAGACAAUAGCCAGGAACUAUAUGUGAGGGAUCAACUAAACAGGGGGAUUGUUCCAGAUGGUGUUGAUUUGCACUGCCUUGCCGGACUGAUGAAGGCAUGGUUCCGGGAACUUCCAAGUGGAGUACUGGACUCGUUGACUCCAGAACAAGUGAUGCACUGCAACACUGAAGAAGAGUGUAGCCAUCUUGCAAGCACCCUACCUCCUGUCGAAGCAGCAUUGCUUGAAUGGGCCAUCAGUCUCAUGGCAGAUGUCGUGGAAAACGAAAGCUACAACAAGAUGAACGCUCGCAACAUCGCUAUGGUUUUCGCACCGAAUAUGACCAAGAUGGCGGACCCCUUGACUGCUUUGAUACAUGCCGUUCAAGUGAUGAAUUUCCUCAAGACAUUGAUCUUGAGAACUGUAAAAGAAAGGGAGGAGGCUGCUAAAGUAGCCAGGGCGUUCCCAUCGAGCUCUGGUUCCCCGAGCGACAAAGAUGAGCCUCAAACUGUAGAACAGUUGGACAUGCUCUUCGUCUGUUCAAGUCAGCAAAAUGUAGAGUAUCCUAUGGUUGAUGAGGCUAAGUUUGACCAGUUCCUUUUUAGAGUGGAAGAAGCUCUUCACCAUGAGACGCAAGGCAGCACAGAUGGACCCAAGAAUCAUGACAGCGGUAGAGGUGACCAGAGAAGUAACAGUGAGAUCACUCCAUUGGACACCGGUUUGACCGGCCAAAAUGAGUUCAGUAACAACAGCGAGGAAGGUCUCUUUGACAAGUUUAAAUUUAGGAAAGGGGUAGGGAGGCUCUGCAGGCACCCUGUGUUUCAGCUGAGUAGGUCCAUGAAGAAGUCAGAUGAAGCGGAGCAAGCAUGUGUAUAGGGCAUGCCUGUGCAGUGGAUAAUAUUGACACACCUGUAUUUCUCUGCAGCUUGUUUACUGUGUAGGUCUUCGGCUAUUCUCCUAGAUUGUGUGCCUAGAAGGCAUUGGCCCCAUUAUUAGUACUGAUUUGGGUGUAUAUGUGACUAUGUCAGCUGUUCACUUAUUGCUGUCCUAAUUGUUAAGAAGCUAUCAU